AUGGAGCUAAUCAAGCGUCAGGCUGACAUAUUUGAAUCAAUAAAUAAAAUAAGAAUAAAUUUUAAUAAGGACUCAUCCUCUAGAAAAACAUCGGAUUAUCUAAAAAAUAGGAUAGAAACCUUAAAUAACUUGUGGGGAGAGUUCGAACAGAAUCACGUAGAGUUAUCUUCAUACGAGGAUAAAUCUGCGCAGUAUUUUCGGGAUAACAUUUAUCAAAAAACGAAAGAUGUUUUCCAAGACAUAAUAUCAAAAUUAAUUUCUUUUAAUAAAGAAGAUAAGGGCACUCAGCGUAACCAAAAGGCAGACGAAUUACUAACUUUACAAAGAACAAAUUUUAGGGCUUUUAAUCGUCUUUUAUUGAGCGUAAAUGUGGAUAGCAUAGAUGAAAAAUGGGAGUUGGAGGAUGAGCUUCGUAGUAUACAAUCACGGUGGAGUACUAUCGAAAAUUUACAUCUUCAAAUAGACAACAUUUUGCAAGGAGAAGAUGUAGACUAUGAUACAGAGUUCGCGAGCUAUGAAACAUCAUACAGAACUAUAAAGCGGAGAUUAAAUAAAAAACUAAGUUCAGCAGCUCACUUAAACAAUUCAACACCACAGCUGGAGAUACCAACCUUCACAGGUCAAUACACCCAUUGGCCUACUUUUCAUGACCUAUUUUAUGAGGCCAUUCAUAAUAAUAACACAUUGUCAAAAUCACAAAAAAUGCAGCACCUCAAGGGUAAAAUAAAAGGAGAAGCUGAACGUCUCAUUCACCAUCUCACCAUCUCCUCAGAUAAUUAUGACACCGCGUGGGAAAUCUUAACGCACCGCUAUAAUAACCCACAAAUUCUAUUCACAAAGCAUAUUGAGAUAUUAUUAAAUCAAGCCAAUAUAAGCAAACAAACGUCAUUCGAUAUUAAAAAGCUGCACGACGUUAGCAUGGAAUGUAUCCAUGCCAUUCACAAUCUUGGCAUUGAUACAACAACCUGGGACCCAUUAUUAGUCCAUAUAUUAUCAAAAAAAUUAGAUCAUUUAACGUAUGCUGCCUAUAUGGAAGCUCGUAAGGAUCCCAGGAGUCUGCCAGCUUUAGACGAAUUUAUGGGAUUCCUAGAGAGUAAAUUUACAGCUCUCGAACCCAUAAGUAGGAAGGAAAGGGUAGUGACAACUGAAAAGGUGUCACAGCACCAUAUAAGCAAACCAUCAUCAUCAAAUUCAUUUAGAUUUAUGAGCACUGGGAGACCUAGCAUAAAUAAUUAUUCUCAUAAUAAUACAGGCCGUAAUAAAAUAGAUAAACCAUAUCAAAAACCAUUCUUUCAAGCAGUAACUACGAAGACAUAUAAAUGUCCACAAUGCAAUCAAGACCAUGAUUUAUUUAAAUGUAAUCAGUUCAUUGACCUGUCACCAAAAUCAAAAUUGGCGACAGUGACUAAACUUAAUAUAUGUCCAAAUUGUCUAUACAAACAUGACACUAAUUGUUUUUCAACAAAGCGAUGUAAGGAAUGCAACGGCGAGCAUAAUACGAUGCUCCACGACGCGUUUCCGAUAAAGAGGUCACCACAAAUGAAUAAUAAAAAUUUUGCAAAAUCAGCUGACAAACGAUAUAGCGCUAAUUAUGUAGCAAAUAAUGAUGAAAUGUUAUUAACAACUAUACAAAUGCAGGUAUUAUCAAGCGAUGGGUCGUAUGUAACUCUACGGGCCUUAUUAGACCAAGGUUCGCAGGUUACUAUGAUAACGGAAAGUGCCGUACAACUUAACAGUUGUACGGCACUUUCCGUUCUCUCGAAUCCUAACGGAUUGCCUCGUGAACAUCUGAACGCUUCCGUUGCUGGUAUAGGAGAAUCACCAAAUCAAAGCAGGGGAAAAGUUCUACUGGACUGCAAAUCGUUACGUAACGACUAUGAGUUUGUUGCCGAAGCACUAAUUAUGCCGAGAAAAAUAGUUCGCAAUCUGCCUACUACAUCAUUCGAUAUAAGUAAUUUUCAUCACUUAAAAAAUUUACCUUUAGCAGACCCUGAUUAUAACACUUCAAGCAACAUAGACAUUUUAUUAAAUACCAAUAUAUAUUCGGAGAUAAUUUUAGACGGUUUGAUAAAAGUACAUAGGGAUGAACCUAUAGCACAGCGAACAGAACUGGGCUGGAUAGUCUCAGGUCGCGUGGGAAUAAAAACAUUUAAUUGUCACGUUGUGAUCAACGACCUAAGUGAGAUAUCUCAGUACUGGGAAAUAGAAGAUAUCACAAGCAGUUUAUCACCACUAUCAGAGGGAGAGCAACGUUGUGAAAACAUCUACAUGGACACAACAAAACGUUUAGAAGAUGGGAAAUAUGAAGUUGCGCUACCAAUGAAAUCAGGAUUCGAGCAACAUAUUGGUAAAUCAAAGGAACGAGCUAUAGCACAGUUUAAGCAAUUAGAGCAUAAAUUAACAAAGAAUACAUCAUUUUUCGUCGGAUAUAAAGGAUUCAUGGACGAGUAUAAAGAUCUAGGCCAUAUGCGUAAAACCAAUAGCACUGAACAACCCUUAUUCUACAUGCCGCAUCAUGGUGUAACUAAAUUAGAUUCCACUACCACAAAACUUCGAGUUGUGUUUAAUGCCUCUUCUAAAACAUCAUCUGGUUAUAGCUUAAACGACUUAAUGGAGUGUGGUCCUAAUUUACAACAUGACAUUCAAGGGCUGAUCAUAAAAUGGAGGCAAUAUAAAUAUGUUAUCACGGCUGACAUUGAGAAAAUGUUUCGCCAAAUCAUGGUUCGAAAAUCAGAUCAGAUACUACAAUCAAUUAUAUGGAGGAGUUCAGAGAUUGAACCACUACAAACAUAUCAUUUAACGACAGUCACUUACGGCACCAAGGCCGCGCCAUAUUUAGCCAUGAGAACACUCAGGCAGUUAGCACAAGAUGACGGCGAUAUAUAUCCCUUAGCAGCAUCAGCAUUAGAACAAUCAUUUUAUAUGGACGAUUUAUUGGGCGGUGCAGACUCUCUUGAACAAACAAAAGAACUACAAAGACAGAUCAUAUCAAUACUGAGCGGCGCAGGCAUGAACAUUCGCAAGUGGUCCAGUAACGACGCAAGACUCGUAGAAGACUUGUCGCCAGAAAUGCUCGACUCACCAUACGAAUUCAAAUGUAAAAAGAGUAGAAAAACACUUGGAUUACAGUGGAGUCCAUCAGGUGACUCAUUCUCAUAUCAAAACAUAUCAUAUGAAUCAAAUAGCAAAUCAUACACAAAAAGACAUUUAUUAUCAUCAAUAGCAAAAUUAUUUGACCCCCUAGGCUGGCUAUCACCAGUAUCUAUUAGAGCAAAAUUAAUCUUUCAGAGAGUGUGGGCCACAGGGUUGUCAUGGGAUACUCAGUUACCAUAUGAUAUCAUACAAGAUUGGAAUCAAUUAGAAAACGACUUUAAAACGAUAAAUAAAUUCACUAUUAAAAGGUAUCUGGGUCAAAAUAAUAACAAUAUACAAUUACACGGAUUUAGCGAUGCAUCAGAAAAAGCAUACGCUUGUGCUGUGUAUAUUGUCAGCACAGACUGUAAGGGCAAGUUCACAUCAACGCUAGUAGCGGCAAAAACAAAAUUAUCACCACUGAACAAAAAAGUAUCAUUACCGAGACUAGAAUUGUGUGGUACAGUUUUAUUAUCGCAACUUAUACAUAAAGUAGUCAAAUCAUUAACGUAUAAAAAUAUUCAAAUUUAUGCUUGGACUGACUCUAUGAUUGUUUUGGGUUGGCUACAGGGUGACAAAUCAAGAUGGAAGGAGUUUGUUGCAAAUAGAGUUCAGCAAGCUACUGAUAUUAUACCUCCAUCACAAUGGCAUCACGUUAAAACAGAUGAAAAUCCUGCGGAUUGUGCAACCAGGGGAAUGACAUCAUCUCAUCUGGAAAAUUAUCGUCUGUGGUGGGAAGGUCCAAGGUGGUUAUUAACAUUUAACCCUAACAGUAUGGUAAAAGAAAAAUAUCAACCACCAAAUAUUGAAAUAAAAAAGGCUUGUGUGAAUGUAGCCUUAUAUCAAAAUGAGCAAUCAUUUAUAAUGAAUUUAUUAAAUGAUUAUAGCUCUUUAACACAAAUUACUCGUAUAUUAGCAUGGGUAUUGCGUUUUAUUGAGCGCGCGCGGUGUCAGCAGAAUACGACACGUGUAGACACAUUGUCUUUCGAAGAAAUGAAGCGGUCAAUGAAUUUAAUAAUUAAGUCAUAUCAAGCGUAUCAAUUUUUAGAAGAUAUUAGUAAUUUAAAUAAAAAGCAAUUAGUUUCAACUAAAAGUAGUUUAGGAAAUUUAAACCCCUUUAUGGAUACCGAUGGAAUUUUGAGAGUAGGAGGGAGACUGAAUAAUUCAAUACUCAGUUACACAGCAAAGCACCCAAUUAUUUUAGGUAGUAAUAGUCGUCUUACAGAGUUGAUUAUUCACCAAGCACACCUAGCAACUUUGCAUGGAGGUCCAAAACUUACCUUAUCAUAUAUCAGAAAUAAAUAUUGGAUUAUAUCAGGUAUACGAACAGUGAAGCGACAGCUGAGAAAAUGUGUUAAAUGCAGGCGCUAUAAUCAUCAUGAACAGAAUCAAAUUAUGGCAGACUUACCUCAGCCUAGAGUUACACCCUCUAGACCCUUUACACAUACAGGAGUAGAUUACACUGGAUUUGUAGAACUGAAGGUCAACAAGGGAAGGGGUAUAAGGACUAGUAAAGGUUAUAUAUCAGUUUUUGUCUGCCUUUCAACAAAAGCUAUACAUUUGGAGCUCGUAUCAGAUCUCAGUACACCAGCAUUUCUAGCAGCUUUUCGUCGGUUUUGCAGUAGACGUGGAACCCCACAGCAUAUGUAUAGUGACAAUGGGACCAACUUUGUAGGUGCCGACCGCUGUUUAAAAAGAGAAUAUAAGGAAAUCUUAUCUUAUAUCAAUCACGAAUUUAUCAAUAAAGUUACUGAAAUGGAAGUUCAGUGGCAUUUCAAUGCUCCAGCAUGGCCCAGUGCAGGGGGCCUAUGGGAAAGAGCAGUGGGUAGCCUGAAAUAUCACCUCAAACGUGUUAUAGGUGAACAGAAGCUGACCUAUGAAGAGUUCACCACUUUACUAUGUCAGAUCGAAGCAUGUUUGAACUCGAGGCCACUUUGCGUAUUAUCAGAAAAUGCAGAUGAUGAAUAUUUAACACCAGGUCACUUCCUGGUGGGAGGAGCAUUAUUAUCACGACCACAAUCGGAACCACAUAUUAUGCAGAGUACAACGCGAUGGCAGUUGGUACAGUCAAUGAAUAAACAUUUCUGGAAAAGAUGGUCCGAUGAAUAUCUACAGCAAUUACAAACAAGAUCUAAAUGGAGAGCAGUCAGCAGAAACCUUGCUAUCAAUGACGUUGUCCUAAUAAAAGAGGAAAGUUUACCUCCUGGAAGGUGGGCAUUAGGUCGCAUACAAGAGUUGCACCCUGGAAAAGACGGUCAUGUAAGGGUUGUAACUUUAAAAACACAUAGCAAUAUGGUGAAACGACCAAUUUCAAAAUUAGUACUUUUACCUGUAACCGAUGAACCUUCUUCAUUGAGCAAAAAUCAAGCAGAAAGGGAGAAUAUCACGAAAUCAAAAUGUACACGCAAGCCUAAAUCAUUUUUAACUUAUGUCUAUACAGCGCUCCUCAUGAUGUUCAUGUUGUUUACCCCAACAAUGCAACUUGAGGUCCAGCCGUACAAUAUCACUCAACUAAACAAUGAUCAAGGUCUAUAUUUUGAUAAAAUAUCAGAUCUCCAAGUAAUCAGAGAUGAAUGGAAUCUCGUCGUAUAUUAUAACAUGACACCAUAUUGGCAAGGUUCACAGACAGUGCCAACUCAUCAGUCUGCAAAACAAAGCAAGCGCCGUGUGAAGAUUCAUGGCUCAAAUUACGACGACAGAAUGUCUGGCUAUUUCAUUGUUGUGGGCAGUAGACAUCGGAAGGAGCAGGUUGAACCACCUCUACAGGCGCGGGAGCACCCGCCUACAAGGUUAGGCGAGUCCCGCGAAAGUGUGUUAAGUGAUCAGUGUUUAGGUGUUAGUGAAGUGUAG